AUGGCUCUCGAGCUCUUGUCAGGCAUGCGCAGGCAGGAAGUUCGGCCAAAUGAAUUCAGCUUCAACUCAGCCAUUAGCGCCUGCGAAAAGAACGGGCAGUGGCAGUAUGCUCUGCUUGUUUUCUCAGAAAUGCCGACUGAAAGAGUCACACCCAGCGAAGUCAGCUUCAACGCAAGUAUCAGUGCUUGUGAGAAGGGGUGGCAAUGGGAGAUGGCCUUGUAUGUUCUUUCGCAGAUGCCGUCUUUUGGAAUCCAGCCUAACGACAUCAGCUUCAGUGCGGGCAUCAGCGCCUGCGAAAAGAGCGGUCACUGGCAGAUGGCCAUAUUUUUGCUGUCGACGAUGAGAUCUCUCAGAGUUGCGCCAAGCUUAAUAAGUUUUAGUGCAGGUAUCAGUGCAUGCGAGGAAGGAGGACAGUGGAGGAUGGCUCUUCAUGUGCUGUCACAGUUGCCUUCCGCCAGCGCCAUUCCCGACGAAGUGAGCGUCGGCGCGGGAAUCAGUGGCUGUGAGAAGGGCUCCCAGUGGCAGAUGGCAGCGAAGCUGCUCUUUGAUAUGCCGGCGGCAAGGCUUUGGCCGAAUGAGGUUUGCUUCAGUGCUGCGAUUGGCGCCUGCGACAGGGCUGCCGCAGAAGUCGGAUGA